AUGCCGCUGUUCAAGGUAGUUACGCUAGGAUAUGAGAGUCGUAAUGUCUGCGAUAUGGAUGCUUCCAUGUUACUCGUCUCCCAGCGACAUGGUCAUCGUAACUGUGGACAUCGCAGCUUGCAUGGUCAGGAACAAUUUAUUGGAUUCCUACCUGUCAUCGACGACUUUGAAGGACGCAGGCGAGACCAUGAUCGAAAUGAUGACGAUGAACACGAUUAUAUGGACUCAGUUACUUGGAUUUGA